AUGUCUGCUCCUUUUCCACGCCAUCCAAAUAGUGUUGUACUUAGUGAACCAAUUCUUGUAUCACCGUUAAUUCGUGCUGCUCGCUGGGGAGCCUUAGGUUUAGGAAUUGUUUAUGGAGCAGUAAGACUUUGUCAAAUCCGUAAGUAUCAUGCUGAUAUUAGAGAGUUUGAACACUCUAAAGCUGUUGCUAAAGCUGAAGAAGAUGCUAAACAAAAGAAAUGGUGUUCUAAAGACGAAAUGAGAUAUUUGAUGAAGACUGUCAAUAUUCCAUUCGAGGAAGGCGUUGCCCAAUUUGGAAUUGCCGAUAUCUAUCGUGAAGAUUAG